GUCUCUCCACUGGCGUUGAGCGCUUGCUUGCUGCUGUCUCUUUUCGCGUCCCCCCCGCCCCUUCCCCCUCGUCCUCAGUGAACGGCGAACUCCUCCGUAGUAGCCCGCAGUGGCGACACGCUAACUCGCCUUUUAUUAUUAUUUUUUUCUUUACGCCCCCCUCCCCCACCACCGGGGACGUAGCCGAUUUGCCCCCUUCCCACCCCAACCCCGAAAAAGAAAAAUACACCAGCGGUCGGAAUUUGAAAUAUGACGCUGAGUAAAAUGGGAGGAAAGUCGUCGCUAGCUUGUUGAAGUUGGAGAAUCUCCUUGUGGAAGAGGAAGAGGCGGCGGCGGCGGACACCACGAGUUCACUCUCGUCGUUUCUAAAGGAGUGAGCCGAGCCUUCCCACAGACCCCCGUUGUUUCUUUGGGCUAAAAUGAGUAUUACCAGUGACGAAGUGAACUUCUUGGUCUACAGAUACCUCCAAGAAUCAGGUUUCUCCCACUCAGCAUUCACCUUUGGCAUUGAGAGCCACAUCAGCCAGUCCAACAUCAAUGGAACACUAGUGCCCCCUGCAGCCCUCAUCUCCAUCCUGCAGAAAGGGCUCCAGUAUGUGGAGGCAGAAAUUAGCAUCAAUGAGGACGGAACAGUCUUUGACGGACGGCCGAUCGAGUCGCUGUCACUCAUCGACGCCGUGAUGCCCGACGUGGUGCAGACGCGGCAGCAGGCCUUCCGCGACAAGCUGGCCCAGCAGCAGGCUUCCUGCACCAUGGCGGCCUCCACCUCUGGCAACCAGUCCAACGCGCCAAAGAAUGGUGAUGCCACCAUCAACGGGGAGGAGAACGGCACUCACAACAUGAAUAACCAUUGUGAGUCGAUGGAGAUGGAUGUGGAUGUGGAGAUACCUGCCAGCAAAGCCACAGUAUUGCGAGGUCACGAGUCGGAAGUAUUCAUCUGUGCCUGGAACCCUGUCAGUGAUCUGCUGGCCUCAGGUUCGGGGGACUCCACCGCCAGAAUCUGGAACCUCAACGAGAACAACAACUCCAACUCCACCCAACUGGUGCUGCGCCAUUGUAUCCGAGAAGGUGGGCAGGACGUCCCCAGCAACAAAGACGUCACCUCACUAGACUGGAAUAGCGACGGGACGCUCCUGGCGACGGGCUCGUAUGACGGUUUUGCCAGGAUAUGGACCAAGGACGGAAAUCUGGCGAGCACCUUGGGACAGCACAAGGGGCCCAUAUUUGCACUCAAGUGGAACAAGAAGGGGAACUCCAUUCUCAGUGCUGGCGUAGAUAAGACGACAAUCAUUUGGGACGCACACACAGGAGAAGCCAAACAGCAGUUCCCCUUCCACUCAGCUCCGGCUCUGGAUGUGGACUGGCAAAACAACACCACGUUUGCCUCGUGCAGUACGGACAUGUGCAUCCACGUGUGUCGCCUUGGCAGCGACCGGCCACUCAAGACCUUCCAGGGUCACACUAACGAAGUUAACGCCAUUAAGUGGGAUCCAUCGGGAAUGCUGCUCGCCUCCUGCUCAGACGACAUGACCUUAAAGAUUUGGAGUAUGAAACAAGAAUCAUGCGUCCAUGACCUUCAGGCUCACAGUAAAGAGAUUUACACCAUCAAGUGGAGUCCGACCGGGCCCGGCACGAGCAAUCCAAACUCCAACAUCAUGCUAGCCAGCGCGUCAUUUGACUCAACUGUGCGCCUGUGGGACGUCGAGCGGGGGGUCUGCAUCCACACACUAACCAAGCACCAGGAGCCCGUCUACAGUGUGGCCUUCAGCCCGGACGGCAAGCACCUCGCCAGUGGUUCCUUUGACAAAUGUGUGCACAUUUGGAACACCACGACCGGUGCUUUAGUGCACAGCUACAGAGGUACUGGUGGAAUCUUUGAAGUGUGCUGGAAUAGCACUGGGGACAAAGUCGGUGCCAGUGCAUCAGAUGGCUCAGUAUGUGUCCUCGACCUCCGGAAAUAGCGGACUUGGCCGGCAACUCGUUGGAAUGUGCAACAAACUGCCUUCUUCAGACAUCAGCAAAUGCUCUCGUUGCUCCUGGAGGGGGGGCGUGGCACGUAGAUGGAGUUAAGUACAAAAAAAAAAACCUCACUGGAGCGCACAACAACAACAACAAAAAUAAAUAAAUAAAAAAGGAAGGCGCGACCCACCACCCACAGGGGAAGUCGGCGCACCUUAAAUCCGUCAGACUUGGCGCAUGUUGACGGUGAGCCCUAAUAGAGGCCAGCGAAGACAACAUCUGAGUUACCGCCGACUCGCCGAGUUUUACGAGGUAUCUCGUGAGGAGGCGCUGUCAUUUGCCCUUCCUCCAUCUAUCCCUCCCUCUCGCCUGCUGCGGCGGGCCUGUGCGGUCCAGCUGCUUGGCAGGAAGGAUGACUUAACUGAGACGCAUGCCAAAAGGCAGCCAUUGACUGGAAAGAAGGCUUGUAGAAUUCCUCCCAGCAACUCAACGGAGACACGAUGAGGGUAAGCAACCAUGGCGAAGCCCCGCUUCCAAUGGAGGACGGCUCGUCUGAAGACCCCCGCCGCCACCUCCAUCCUCUCUCCACAGAUGGACUUGAUAGUGCAAAAAAGUGGAGUGCACUGUUCCAGGACACCAGUCCACCAAAAAAAUACAAACCUCCCAAACCGGCCCAAUUUGCUCAAUAAUUGGAAACAACACGGACAAGAAAAAAAUGUGUGGAAAAAGUGUGGUUUACAAAGAGAAUUUUGCCCUUUUUUUGGAUGUACAUGUAAAGAAUGUAAAGAUAUGUAAAUUAGAUUAAUACACAGACUUAUAUACUGUGUAUAUAUGUUUAUAUACAGUCCACCUUAUUGACGUCACAUUAGGGGCUCACAAAUGGCGAGAGCGGUCUUUGCUGAGGGCCGCGACAAGGCCGCUUUUUAAUUCAAAAUGUCUUUUUUUCAGUCAAGGCACAAACGGCAACAUUUACGGAAUGGCCACCUUCAUCUUCGGUCGCUCACUUGCGUCUUCACAUUCUCUGUUGAAUGGGCUAAACAAAGCCACACCCACCUAAUUAGACCGCAGCGCUACAGCGGGUAAACAUUUCCACUUUUUCCAACCCGAGCUAAUUCUAUUGAAGCAUCCAAAUCUGAAUCCAAUCCCAAUUUUUUUCCAGAUUUAGCAGCAAAUGACACAUUUUCAACUCGUCACACCCUGCUUCUUUUGUUCCUUUCAUCUUUCCAACAACAUGCGCUCAAACAAUGUGAAGUGCAUUUUUUUUCUGUCCUUGCAGUGGCUUCUGCGAUUCAUCUCCCCCCCCCCCCCCUUUACUGGAAGUGAAAGGCAGACAGUUACUUUUUCUCCCAGUCCCCCCCUUUUUCAUCUUCUUUUGGUCAAAUGUCACAAUAAGAUGUCAACGGGUGGUCCUUCGUUUUUCUGACUUUUUCAGAGCCAUUAUUGUCUGUGUCAGACUGAGAAAUUGGGCUGUGGGUUUGGUGGCCAAUGUGGAUGAACCGCUGUGACAGCAACUAUUACUAUGUCUCUGGCACACCCUGGUCCAGGGUGUGAUCACCUGUUUCAAGACAAAACAUUCAAGUCGUUCAGUGUCUAAAAUAAAUCACUCUAUUUUGAUAUCGGAA